AUGAAAAUAUUAGUAUCGCUUUUAAUCAUUGCUGUUAUUGCAAUCAAUGAAAGUCAACAAUGUUUAGGUCCACGUAACAUGUGUGCAGGAGCGCAUCAUCAUAGACUACCAAUGGAAGACUAUCCUCAAAUGGAUCAAAAUCAGGCCCAAAGAAGAUUCCCUGAAAAUCCUAACGCAGGUUAUAAUCAUGGACAAAGAAUGAGACCACCACCACCAAGAGAUGUACCACUCCCAUACUAG